AUGAGAGUACAAACACAGACUGAUGCGAUGGAACUAGACGAGAGAGUUGAUUCCGGAGCACAUCAUAAUGCUGUUGAAUCUCUGCAGGAGCCAGCUCCACGGACCAAGUGGGUUUAUCUCAAAAUAUUCAGCGCUGGUAUAUCCUUUUUUGUCGCAGGCGUCAACGAUGGAAGCUUGGGAUCUAUCAUACCCUACAUUCUCCAAACAUACGCCAUCAGCACAAAUAUGGUAUCCAUUCUAUACGCCGCAACUUUCGCUGGCUGGUUUAUUGCAGCCCUUAGCAACAACACGAUUACCCGAUACCUCGAUCUGGGUCCUACUUUGUGUACAGGAGCUGGGCUUCAGAUUCUAGCUCACGCUCUUCGUGCAUGGAACCCACCAUUUGCUCUUUACGUUGUGACAUUCUUUCUAGCUAGCCUUGGCCAGGCAUACAACGACACUUUCGCGAAUACUUUCGUAUCGACGCUCAACGAUGCCCAUCGCUGCCUCGGUUUCAUCCAUGCAAUGUACAUGGCGGGAUGUCUGGUUGCUCCCUUCAUAGCAACUGGCAUCGCCUCGGCCAAUACGGACUCAGACUGGUGUCUCUUCUAUCUAUGUCCUCUCGGCCUGGGCGUUGUGAAUCUUGCGCUUGUGGGCUCGUCAUUUCACGAUCAUAUGGCUACCCCUGCUUCAUUACGUUCUGAAAGAAGAGAGAGACCCGAAUCCAAGUCUAUCUUGAGGGAAAUGAAAGAUGUAUUCUUUGCCACCGAGGUUUGGCUACUGAGUCUUUUCUUCUUCUUUUUCCUCGGCGCUACUAUCACUGCCGGAGGUUGGAUGGUCGAGUACCUCGUCGAGGUACGCAAUGGUGAUGUUGCCAAAAUGGGAUACAUCCCAGCUGGCUUCUCGGGUGGUGCAUUGUUGGGAAGGAUUUUGCUCAGCGAGCCUACUCACAGACUAGGCGAUCGACUGAUGAUAUUCAUCUACGCUUUGCUGUGCAUAGGUUUACAACUUGUCUUUUGGCUUGUCCCAAGCAUAAUCCCAGCAGCAGUGGCCAUCAGCUUUCUGGGAUUCUUUUCUGGUCCUUUCUUCGCAUCAGGAGUGUCGCUGGGCACAAGGCUCUUCCCGACAGAGAUUCGAUCUUCAGCAAUUGCGUUAGUCUUCGUCCUUGGUCAGAUCGGGGGUUCAGCUUUCCCUGCUUUGACUGGCAUCAUAGCAGGAAAGGUCCGGUUCAGAAUGAAUGGUGCUCAUGACUACGAGCCACAUAAGACAGAGCUCUCGCUGAGUGGGGCUGAGAUGGGAAACACUUCGCUCCUCCCACCUGUCUAUCAAAUGUUGUAUACAGAUAACAAUACGACCAUCGAGCUCAAUCCUGAAUAUGGAAAGUAG